CUCUGGCGAGUGAUUGGCCUCUGAUCACCAUCAGCUUGUUUCAACAAAUUACUUAAACCUAAACAGCUCGGGGGUGAUUGUCUGAUGGAGCAGUCAGCAACGCCGGGCGAUCCGUUAUCCUCAAAGCUAAUCCGUGGGGAUGACGAGGCUUGGAAGCCUGGUUUCGCAUCCCGUAAACCCACUAUUCGCCAACCCUCCACCAGCUGCACUAUGCAAAGACCCCCAGCGCGAAACGAAACGUUGACAUCUUGCUACCUAUUGCAUCCCAGCUCGAAUGGCUUUGUGGAACCGAAAAUACUGUACUUGCCAAAACACCACGUUCGGUGGAUAAUUGUCAAGACCAUGGAGACCCUAUUAGGCGGAUGUAACACUGUUGAGCGAAACAUGCAAGAGCAGAAGAUGUCAUUCACCCAUGUCUCAUGGAAGGUCCCCUCCCUUCAAGCUCGAAGCUCCAGAGUUUUCGCAAAUCCGGCGAUGAUCAAUGGCUCGUGCAACGGCUGGCUUCAGUGUCUUCAGGCUUUGACAGUAGACACGCCACAUAACGAGACAAUUUUCAUUUCCACCACACUCUUGUCAAAAGUCACCUUUCGUAUCAGCAAAGCUCUUGGGAAAGCCAUGGUCCCCGCCACGAGUCGCUCCUACUUCCACAUGGGUGCUUUCUCACACCCCUGUAAAUGCUACUUCGUCUCAACUCAUUCCAUCACCCCCCGUUCUACGCCCACUACAACUUCAACCUCCUUCCCGUGGCUUGGUGUUAUAGAGAGGGACAUACGUGACGAUUCCCUGUAACGCUCUCAAAGCUGUCAGUCUUUCGCACGUUCCUGGCCGGUGUGUCACGGUUCAUUUCCUGCACAUCCAGUUCGACGUAAGUAAUUUGCUUCAAUACGGUCGAUGCCUCUUGGUGACAUUUCAGGCCAAGCAAAUCAGACAUCUCACUGUUU